AUGUUCAACGUCCAGAAUAGGCCAUUUUCGAACCUGUACUGGGCAACAACUUCUUGGAAUAUGGGAGCAGCCUUAUUCCCGUUGCUGUUUGUGCCAUUGACCGAGCACAGCGGGCGAAUGCCAGGGUAUUUCAUAUCUUACAUUCUGUUCGUAAUCUGGCUGUUCCCGUCAGCUUUCGCUCAAAACUUUGCCACUCUGGUGGUCACCAGAUUCUUCGGCGGAGGCGCCUCGAGCGUCGCUAUCAACCUAGUUGGAGGCAGCAUCGCCGAUAUAUGGAAAGACGACAAGGCUCGCAGUAUCCCAAUGAGCCUCUUUGGAUUCACGUCUGUCACAGGGAUCGCUCUCGGACCAUUCGUUGGCAGCAGCAUUGUGCAGAUUCACAAGGAGCAGCCUUGGAGAUGGACCUUCUACAUUCAGAUCAUCUUCAAUGCAGGUUUGAUUCCUCUGUUCUACUUCAUUCUACGAGAAACCCGUGGAGACGUGAUUCUGGGCAAGAGGGCCAAGAAAAUGCGAAAGGAGACGAGCAAACCAAUCUAUGCCAAAUCCGAACUCGAGAAGGAAUCAACCUUGAACAUGUUGAAAACCAGCUUCCGAAGACCAGUGAGAAUGUUGCUCACAGAACCGGUGGUUACCUUCUUCACGCUAUGGGUAAGCUUCGCUUGGGGAAUCCUCUUUCUCUUCUUCAUGAGCGUACCUCAGACGUUCUCGACCAACUACAACAUGGAUGUGUUUCAGACCGGUCUUAUACAAUUGGCCAUCAGCGUUGGCGCGCUCAUUGGCACGGUCAUCAACCCCGCUCAAGAUUGGCUCUAUCUUCGCAGUGCCGGGAAGAAUACUGAGAAACCUGGAAAGCCGAUUCCCGAGCACCGACUGCUCUUUGCGGUCCCAGGCUCAUUGUUAUUUUCGGCAGGCAUUUUCUGGUACGGCUGGACAAGUCGACCUGGCAUUCACUGGAUCGUGCCGACUUGCGGCGUGGCAUGUGUUGGUGUUGGCAUUUACAGCAUCUAUGUGGCAGUGGUUAACUACCUCACCGAUGCAUACGAGAAGUAUGCUGCAUCAGAACUUUCAGCGGCGAGUCUGGGACGAAACGGCUUUGGUGCUUUCCUGCCUCUUGCUUCUUAUCAACUGUUCUAG